AUGAUGCCGGUGCAUGAAAUUAUCAAAAGCACCAGCUGGCUGGCGCAGCCAUCUGGGCGAUGCUGUCUGAAAGGCACACUGCAUGAGGGGACAUCGCGUGGGCACUUUGAAACGGUCGCUGGCGUGGAAACCUAUAUCUCGCGACCCAAAGCGGAUUACGCAAAUGGUCAUAUUUUGCUCUACUUUCCUGAUGUCUGGGGGAUGUUUCCCAACGGCCUUUUGGUGAUGGACGCCUUUGCGGACGCGGGUUAUCUCGUCCUUGGUUUGGACUAUUUUCGAGGCGACCCUGUGUGGAAACAUCGUCGCAAUCGCCACGAUCAAUCCAAUCCGAAUUUUGACUACGAGGCAUGGAAACAAAAGCAUAUGAAGUUUGCAGAUGAAGCAGUUCCAAGAUGGAUUGAAGAGGUAAAACGAACAUAUGGCCAGCCAUCAACCAAAUAUGCAUGCGUGGGAUACUGCUUUGGUGCUCCAUAUGUGUGCAACGAGCUGGCAAAAGAGACAGUAACUGCCGGUGCAUUUGCUCACCCAGCCUUCUUGAGGGAAGAACAUUUCACAAAAAUCACCAGUGAGUGCUCUCACCCUUGUACACCCAAGCACAGUACCGGGGACUCAAGCUUGAAUGCAGAGCCCUUGUUUUUGUCCUGCGCCGAGGAGGACCAUACAUUCGACAAGAACUCUCGUCGCACGGCCUUGAGAAUUCUGCAGUCUGGGCGCAAAACCUACCAUCUCCAACUGUUUUCCGGGGCUGAACACGGCUUUGCUCUUCGUGGAGAUAUGAAAGACCCUUAUCAGCGUGAGUAG